AUGUCGAAAUGUUANGAAAAAGGUAAACUCAUAAUACUUCAAUUUUUAGUAACUGAAAUGCUAUACAUGCUACUAAAACAUGAAGAUUAAGAUCAAGAGAGUGAAGAUGAAAAAAUUAACCAGCAGGAUAUCGAAAAAUUUAAACAAAUCACUUAAUCUGAAAAAACAAAAGUUUUUGAAAAAAAUAAAUCCCUUCAAAAAUAACUCUCUAAAAGUGGAAAAGAAAAACUUAGAUCUAGGCUAAAGUUUGUAGCUACCAUGAUGAAAAUGCAAAAAACUCUAAGGUCUUCAAAUAUAUUUGUAUUUUCAGAGAAGAAAACGAAAGUAUCGUUUUACUUAAAGGUGCCUGUCCAGACAAAAGAUUGCCGAAAGGAUUGCUGCUCCAAGGCAAAGAAGCAAUUACUGAUGGUAUAUCAUCAUUUUAUUUCAGCUUUAUAAGAAUUUAAUUAUAUGAAAUUAGCAGAUAGCAUUAACGAAAAGAUGCCUAACAUUUAAAUUCCAUAACAGUCCAUUUAAAUAAAAAAACCAGGGCAAUCUUCAAAAAAAAAAUGAAUUUUUA